GUAGCACCGUUGGUCUUUCCGGAAAUGAUGCGCGUUCUGUACAGCCAACCUUAUUCGAUCCCCUGUGAUGAUGCAUCAGGCACAACAGUCGCUCAUGAUCAUGGUGGUCUCAUGGUCGAUACCGACCAGUUUGAGGGAUUCCAUUCAUCUCAUCUAGCCGUCCCAGCUGCUUACACAUGGGGCAGUCGAGGACCAGCGUUGGAUGGAUCACUUGGUCUUUGCGUUGCUGCCCCGGGAGCCGCAAAUACUUCUGUGGCUAGCUGGCAACUACGACCGGCUGCUUUACUCAAUGGCAGUUCAAUGAGUGCCCCGCUGGUCACCGGUUGUGUAGUUCCCCACUUAUCCCUGUUGGAUCAAGGUCACGGUGUUAUUCAAGUGGACAAAGCAUUUCGGUAUUUGUUAGCGGCAAUCGGUGACGGUUGCAGUUCCAAGGUGCCUUCAAAUCCUUUGACAACCGCUCGAGAUCCCUCCACUGGUCUUACCAAAUCCGAUAUCCAGAGUGAGUCCACAAUGCUGUCCCGUCAGUCCUACAACGCAUCUGUCGAACCGCAAAAUCCUGUCCGAAUUUCCUAUCUUUCAUCCCCGAUUGUUUUCGGCUGGCGUGUUCGAUGUACCGUAACUGGGCCUGGUUGUGUCUAUCGUGAUCGCGGAAUCUGGAUCCGACGAGGCUGGAUCCCGCGAUUAUCCACGAACACGGUGCAAUCGUCUCGUCAUCGCUUGCCAGUCCUACGCUAUACUAUACAUAUUUCCAUCGAUUUUGAUAAGUCUGUCCCGUUGGAAUCUCGACGUUUGCUCGAAAUACACCUGAAUACGAGUGUGUACAAUCAUAUUACCAACCCAGUGAUCUGGUCUUCGGACGCGUUGCACGAGAAACCUGCUUGGCUUCAAGUGGCCUCUAUGAUUUCGGUGACAAGCUUGGGUAGAGAUAUCAGCCUCGUCAUCGAUCCAAACUAUUUCGUUCGUUCCUCCGUCACUUCGAGUACCGGUACGGAACGUGGAAAACCCAGUCCACUUGAAGUACUUGGAACACAACCGACCCUGGGACGAAAAUGGGGAGCCAGUCAUGAAUGCAACGGAAGUUCCACAAGUAGCUUUUACUGGCCGUCCAGUUUGUCCCUUCAAAGUACCGCUCCUGUUUCGUCAACUGAGCCCCAAAUCACUUUGGUGAAUUUCACGGAUUCCAGUCGUCCGGAACUGGGUCCACUUACUCAAAUUCCGAUCAUUGUUCAUAUUCCAACAGCGUGA